GUCUUUAUUUCCGAUAUAAUUUGUAAUGUCUCUGCAGAUUUGUCAAUUAUAACAGCAUCAGUGUUGGUUCCUCCGACAUCAACUCCGAUCACAGCGCGUGUCACCGUCAUUUUAAAAGUUUAUGCACUAAAACUUAACACUGACUACUGAUUUUCAAACACGGUCAAUCUCAGAUGGUAGUUUAUCACGCAGGAUGUCAUAAAAGAGAACGAAUAUGACGUCACUGAAGUCAGCACUCGUGCUCGGCGCAUCUCGCGGUAUUGGGCGCCAGAUAGCAAUCACGCUUUCCAGGAACGGGUAUAGCGUUAUUGUAGCGUCAAAAACUGUUGAAUCCACGGAUAAACUUCCGGGAUCUAUUCACUCCGUUGUCAAGGAGAUUGAACAAGAUGGGGGCGUGGCAUUUCCGGUACAAUGUGACUGCAGGAGCGAAGGCGAUAUACAAAACGCUGUUCGCGUUGCCAUUGAAAGGUUUGGACGCAUUGACGCUGCAGUGUACAAUGCGGGCGCCAUUCUUUGGAAGCCCGUACUUCAGACGUCAUUGAAGCGUUUUGACCUCAUGAUAGACGUCAACGUGCGGGGAGCCUAUUGUCUCGUGCAGGAAGCGGUACCGCGCAUGCUCGAGCAGAAACACGGCAGACUGGUUCUGGUCGCACCACCAAUUUAUAACAGGUUUUUCAAAGGCAAGACUCCCUACAGCGUCAGUAAAGUCGGCAUGACGAUUCUAGCGAAAGGCCUUGCACACGAAAUACAUGCGACUGGGGUGUCAAUUAGCACGUUAUGGCCCGCGACAGUUAUCCGAGCACACGUGACUGACGUCAUGAACGUUCCCGCCUCGCACAUGCGCACUCCAGAUAUAUUCGCAGACGCUGUAUGCAGGAUAGUAGAUGAACCUUCAGACAAGUUGAAUGGCGGUGUUCUUAUUGACGAGGACUACUUGCGGUCAGAGGGUGUAACGAGCUUUACCAAAUACCGAUGUGACCCGGAUGUAGAACCCCCGCGCAUGAUGCCGGAAGUGUUCCCCGACCUGUCCGUGCGGGAGGAGCACGUGGGUAUGGACUUGAAUAACAACAACGGCAGCGGAGGUGCCAGUUCAGGGGCGGAUGGGACGAGUAGACAGAGCAAAUUAUGACGUCAUGGUUAUUGACUAAGAUGUGUGCAGUACAUAAGGACUUGGCUCUUUUUCAUAUUUUAUAUUUCUGUGUUUGUGAGAGUAGUCCUGAAUAUAUUGUAAAUUGCACCAUGCAAAACCAAUGAAAACAUACAUGAGAUAAGAAUAAAACUUCGGCGGUGAAUUUGAAUGUAAGAGGCAGUGCAUAUUCAGCAUUAUUGUCAUUCUCAAUCAUCAGAGGUUCGAUCAUGAUAAAUCCAGUAGACUACUUAUAGCAUCAUCACUCUGGUGAACGAGAAUGCAUUAUUGCUAGCUUUAUGUUUUAACGGUAUGCUUAUUUUAUAUUUGCCUUCACAUUUCUAUGUAAAAUGAACAUCUAAGACCAA